AUACUACAGUUUUACCGUAUAUAGGUAUAGUGAUCUGCGGUUUGUAUCACGAGAGAAGUUUUAUUACUACUUGGAUAUUGAACAAUUUACGUUUAUUGAAAGUUAAAUACUAUUCAUAAUGUCUAUCAUUCAAAGAAGCCAGCAAUGGGGGACUUUUGCUAGAAUUUGGCAUCUUUACGAUGCCAAAUGGCAGGAUCCAUAUCUGAGUGCAGAAAGAAUUAAAAUGUAUUUAAUGGGUCUUUACAAACCCAUCUAUCACCCACUAAAUGACUGCGGCGAUCAUGUAGUUGUAAUCAAUAGCUAUGACAUUGCAUUGCGUGGUGAUGAAUGGCGUAGACGUGCUUAUUUCCAUCACACUGGCUAUCAUGGUGGUGCAAGUUGGACGAUGGCCUGGGAAGUGCACAAAAAAAAUCCAACCAUGAUUAUGAAUAAAGCUGUUUACAAAAGUAUGAAAGGAAACUUACAGCGUAGAUACAGUAUGCAACGCUUACAUAUUUUUAAGGAUGAGAAUGUACCUGAAAAUAUUAUGCAGAAUAUCUCAAACCAGAUUAAACAAUUGCGACCAGUACCUCUUAGAUUGGACGAGAUUCCUCCACAGGAAGUUGCAGAAUUCCCAAAACUCGUAAAAUAUCCAGAGAAUUACAUAGCCCAAUGAAUAAUGGGUAUUUAUUGCAUUUGUAUAUAGGAUAAUGCCAGGGUUGGAUCAUUAAAAAUACGUGAGAAUAUCAACAAAGGCAGGUAGGAAAUAUGAUUAUCCCAAUAAUUGUCAUAAAAUGUAUUAAAAUCCAAUACAAUAAAUAUUUUAUUGGUGACAUUGUCACGA